UCAGGUGUCAAUUGUUUGCAGGUCAUUGUCGCAGGGCAGAGUGUCUUCUUAAUAUUUAAUGUGAAUCCUACUACAAUCCUACUUUUCGGAUCCAUUUUCCAUUUCUUCACUUGGCCUGUUUUUUUUUCGUACUUAACUGCGUCACUUGUAGUCCUUCAACACCGUCCUCCAUCACCACCAUUGAGCGAUUUGAGUGUCUUAUACCAUAGUAGUCUCAAACCGACUUUGUGCUCGGACUGUGGGUGGCUCAGGUUGCCUUGAGUCAGCAGAAUUCAACGCAGGUAAUUGCUAUACGGGAGUGAUCCCCAACAACCGAAACAGUGCUUGAUACUGUGUCGCAUAGUGGAUCAUAUACAGGUACGUCAUCAUCGGCAUUAUAUGCCAGUGGUGGCAAAUCAUCCACUAGAAAUGUACAAUUGCAAGUUAUAGGUUUGAUUCGUUGACGUUGAACUCUCUUGCCGCUGCUCUAUUUCCGUGUUCAACUGCGAAACCGAUCGCCUUAAGUUUGAACUCUGCAUUGUCAGCAUGUCUCUAGCAAGGAGCCAUUUUGGGGUUGACAUAGUACCGUAAUGACCAUACACAAGGUGCAUCGGAUUUUAAGGCGCGCUGUGAGCUUUUAAGAAAAUGGAAGGCUUUAAGGUGUGCCAUUUAGUGCGGAAAAUACGGUAUUUAGGAAUUUCAUUUUGUAUUUCCUUGGGUAGUCUCUGUGUGAUAUUAAAAUUGGUUUGAUGAACCUUUCAAUGCAAUGAAUAAUAAAAAAUAAAUCUGGAUGGGGGUCGGGGGCAAAUACUGUUUCACAGCACUGUACUUAAAAUGAUAGCAAUUGCUCCCAGUGCUGUGUUCAGAACCACAAUGUUUCAGGUCUCCAUGGGUCAGGCAAGAACACCUGCAUAGUUUUCCAGAAAUUGGACCCAGAUGCUAAUGAAUAAAACAUCCUCCCCAAGGGCGACUGGCAGACCUCUUCCUUGCAGACAGAUCAGCUGUAUAGGCGGUGACACCAUGCAUUCAGCCAAGCCAAGAUCCGCACUGACAUGGUACGCAUGCAAGCCAGGGACGGGCAGCAUGUUAAACACCAGGCAGCACCGGGAGCUGCACGACCCACAUCAACAAUCUCCCGCGCUCUUUGGGAAGCCCUGGUUCUGGCAGCGCACCAGCAGCACCAUGGAAGGAACCCGCAGCCUGGCCCGGGUCAUCAUGGAGAUGCGGGAAGAAAUCAGGAAACUGGAAGACCAGAAGCGAGUGCUGCCGAAGGACAGGGACGGGGAAGUGGACCAAGAGGAUGAGCAGACACGGGCUAUGUUUUUAGAUGAAGAGCAGGAAAACCCAUAUCUCAAGAGGAACGUAUCUGCUCCCAUUCUAAAAGGACAAUUUAAGGAAUAUAAAGACAAUGUUGUAAUGACAGUGCGAAGGUACUCCAUGAACUCUCGCCCACCUGGGGUGACACGGAACGAGCGUGUAGUGGACCCUUGGAUGAGCCACUUUGGAUGGGCGCGUCUACAGGAGGAGGUCCUGGAAGGGAACGGCAAACGUGAUCGCUCUGUCACCAGUGACGUGGCCUCAGCAAGCGACGGGACGUCCCUUCAGGAAUAUGUGCACAAGACCAGAGACAAAGUGAAAACAGUCACAUUCCUUCUACCAGUGGAUGACAUCUACACCAGCAAACCAGUCAUGUCCAGGCCUCAGGAGGCCACACCCACCAAGCUCCCCAUCACAUAGUCACAUAGUUAAGUACACUCAUUUAAAAUCAUUUCCGAAGUUUAUUGAAAAAAAAAGAUAAAAACAAAUCAUGGAGUAACACAAGGAAUGAUUUUACAAUGAGAAACUUUUAAGCACCGUAAUUU